AUGACGACUUUCACCGAUGCCAACACCCUUCUCAAAUGUAUGGAAGGCCGGACGUCUACAGCUUUGUGGGACAUGAUCGUGUCCUAUCGCUGCUCCAAGCUCAACACAUUACUCGAGAACGUAUGGAAGGCCGAUCCAAAAACUGAUAAAAUGAAAGUCCCGGUAGACAAGAAACAGGCUUCACAUUAUACCGCCGAGCUCGAGUUUGACCUUGGUCAUCCCCAUCUCAGUUUUGCGACAGCCGAGAUCAUGACUGGAUGCGCGGCUACACUGAGGAUCCCCUUCGCGGUAAAGAGCUCGAUGCAGUGGUAUACUAAGAAGGGGGAUAUGGAUGGAGAGCCGGACGUGAUGACCGUUGAGAAUGGAGUGUAUGAAUUACAGGUCACGGUACCGCUAAAGAAUGUUACUGGCGAUGUGGAACCUGGCGAUGUGGAUGCGAAAGCUACUUUUGCGGACAAAACGAUACAUUUAGGUGAGAACGGUGUCGAAGCUUCACACAUCAUACUCCACUUCGGCUGUCAGACCGCAGUAUAUCGAUUCAUAAACAUAUCCGGAAAAGAGAACAAACUGGACGAGCCGCUAUCAGACGCAAUUGACAAAGUCAAGGCUUGGUUCGGAGACCAUAACAACCUCAAUCAGAUCGAUUACAGACUGGCAACCGUAAAGUCGAUCAAAGCCGAUGCUGAUCCCAAUGGUCUGCUUCAACCCAAAUCAUUCAUUUUCGCCGCGAGCGGAGAAAAAGACGACGGCGUAUUGAGCAUCUUCAUCCAAACAGUUGGCAGUGGUUCUCCUUCUGGCAAUCUUGCUGCUACAUUUACCAGCACUUCAGCCACGCCUAUCCACCCAAUACCCAAAGACCAAGAUGCCAGUAUAAUCAUCUCACACGAAACUUUUAGCCGAGGUGUUUACCUGAAGCAGCUUGAGGCGUAUCGGGUAGAUCGCAAGCUGGGAGAUGACAAGAAAGCGAAGGAAGAGACAGUCGCUAAAGGUUUCAAAUACACGUUUUACCUCGAAAGCGAUUGGGACGUUCAAUUGAACGACGUUCCACAACGGUCUCUGUUCGGUACUAGUUCCCAUUUCGAGUCAUUCCACGUCAAACUACAAGAGAGCCCCUGUACCAUGACCAUUCAGGACGGCCAGGCCAAGGUUCAACUCGCUUACAGUCACGACUGCGAUUGGUAUUCCAUACAGCACUUGAACCAAUAUAUGGGCAUGGGACCCUCAAGCAAGUAUACCUAUGGAACUGUUCGAGUUGCCGUCAAUGUCGAUCAGACAACUGAUUUUGCCAAAGUUGAAGACACCACGGGCAUUGCUGUCGACAUGUCUAUCACAGCCUCGUCGUUCAAGCUAAGCAAGACUGGAAUCCUCGGUCAUCUCCCGCCCAGCGAUGACAAAUUUGCAUGGUACUCUGAUAAUCGCUACGAGCUAGACAAGGGGAGUAUUCCCCAACAGCUGGACAAUAUCAAGCUUGAUUUCAAGGACGUGAAGAUCGUCUCGCCUCGGCUCGACCUUGUCGCCGCAGAAAGCGUUCUCGCGCCCGGAAUGACAAUCGUCCACGUCGACCAUAUAUACUGCCCUUAUGAUGUGGUUCUUACAGGGAUGAUGUUGGAGGUUCCCAAGGCCUAG